CGCAGCUCCCACCCUGUGUGUGUACAGGGUGUGUAAAUCAGAGCAGCUGGAGUCAGGGUUACAAUUUGCUGAUCAGUGACUAUAUUGUGUAUGUGUUUAUGUAUGUAGUUUGUGUACAGCUGGAGGGGUUCCCUCUUGCCAAUGUUAGGAUUAAAAAUAUAUUAAGGCAACCUCAGGAGCUUGGACUUAAAAACAAAAAAAAAAGGUAAAAGGGAAAGAGAAUACUUCACCAUACAGGGAAGUUGAUGUCUUUUCUUGAAAAGUUUACCACUUCUAAAGUUAACUUCUAAGAAACUGCAGAUGCCUGGAUAAAACGUGUCUUGGACAACAUGCAUCAGCUCAUAUUUUUCUAUCAGCAUCUCCUACUUGUUGCUUACCUCUCUUGGAUUUCCUUGUUGAAUCUUUACAUUGAGUCAGCUCCAUUAGCUCCUGAAUGCUCUCCAGAUGGACACCAGAUCCUCCACAAUCCCUAUCGAAGCACUGAUUUUGAUUCACUGGAAUUACAGCAAACAGCAAUCCAAGAUCUGGUUUGUGACCACUCAUUGCCCCAAGGAUGGUAUCGUUUUAUGAUCAACAACAGACCUGCAGAAAUGCCAACAAAAUGUAUAGAAAUGAAUAAAUGUGGAACACAAGCUCCAGUGUGGCUUUCCCUGAAAUCAGAUACCCUCCCUCUUCCUGGUGAAAGAAAGCAGCUCAUGGCCUGCGCUACGUGGCAAUUCUUCUUUGGGAGCACCAAAGACUGCUGCUUGUUCCGAAUACCUAUUUCAGUUAGAAACUGCGGUGGAUUCUUUGUUUAUCUUUUGCAGCCCACUCAGGGAUGCAUGGGUUAUUGUGCAGAAGAGUUAAAACCAAAAGUCUGUGCUCCUGGGGAAUCUGAAGGUGAAGGAAUUUGCCAGGAAAAAUUCCCAGCCCUGAUUUUGCAACCAGGGAUUACUGCUGAGCUUGUGAGAGGCAAUGUCCAUCUCAAGUGUGCUUACAGCCAUCCUUCCUCAACUCAGCCUUUGCACUACGUGGUGGUCUGGUCACGCCAUUCUGCAUCCAGCAUGAAAGAACAGAUUCAUCGUGACACAACUCUGCAGACAUUCUCCUAUGUAGAGAUGGAUGGAGUUAAUUUCAGAUUGGGAGUAACGGUCUUUUGCACUGUUACUGCUUUUAUGAAGGACUCACCUGAUCAGCAGUCAUUGUCUGAAGAGAGCACUGGAUUUUAUAUUGGGAUUAAGUUUGUACCACAAUCAUUACAAAUUGCAGAGGAUGGCAAAGAACAUGUUUUGACCAUCCUAAGCACCAUACCCAUUACUUGCCAAGACCAAGGUGGCAUCUGUAAAAUUACUUUACAACUGAGUACUGAAGAUUCUGAUAGUCUCACCCAGGGGCCCCCAAACAUAGCCCUUUCAACAUGCCAUGUGGAUCUGCAGCAGAUGCCCUGUACAGAAGGCAGCUGUGCAAGAGCCUCACUCACAGUGACAGCGGUGACAGACUUUGCCCAGGAUGGAAACCGCAUCAGUUAUAUCAGAGCCGACCCAGUCAAAAGCAGUGAUCUCUUCUGGAGGGCUUACACACCAAAGGAUGCAAAGGUCACAGUUCAAGACCUCCCAACAGGGAACUGCUACUCUUUCACUGAUCCACAUGUUACCACAUUUGAUGGAUGGCGUUAUGAUAAUUAUAAAAUUGGAACCUUCAUUUUGUCCAAGAGCCUGGCCCGUGUGUUUGAGGUGCAUGUCCGUCAGUGGGACUGCGGAAGUCACCGUCAUGCUGUUGCCUGCAACUGCGGCGUAGCUGUGCGGGAAGCUAAUGACAUCGUUGUCCUGGAUAUGUGCAAUGGUCAGUUUCACGAAACCAGACCUCAGCUAUCCAUUAAAAGCACAGAAGCAUCGCCACGCGUCAAAAUCAUGAAGUCAUAUGGAGAGAGAAAAAUUACUAUCAUGUUCCCCUCAGGAGCAUUUGUUCGAGCUGAUGUAAGUGAGUGGGGAAUGAGUUUGACAGUGAGGGCACCAAGCAUCGAUUUUAACAGCACCAGAGGUUUGUGUGGCAUCUUUGACAGGAACCGUCAUAAUGACUUCCAUAAUGCCAGUGGGAGUCCUUUACUACCACAACAGAGAAACACGCCUGAGGAAGACUUCAUAGAAGAGUGGAGAAUGCCCCCAGGGAAGAGUUUAUUUGACAGGACUCCAGCACCUUCUGAAGUAGAGAAAAGGAAAAAUUACUGCAGGUGUCAGAAGGCAUCCACCGCAUCCCUGCACUCGGUAAACAUGCUGAAUACCUUCCAGGAUUCUUUCUCUCAAUCUCUGCGCUGCCAUUAUGACAAUGUGGAUUAUACUUCUGCAAUCCCAUAUCUAGAUGUUACAUCUGAAUUUGUCACUCACCCAGAAAUAGAAUCUACUUUCAGAAGUGAUGGGAAAGUGUUGGCCAAAUUUUUUGAUCCAAGGUAUCUGCCUACAUCAGUCAAAAAGCGAGAUAGCCCUGAGGGCAGAUUAAAACAAUAUGCACAAAAAGUUUCCUUCAAAGCCCCCCAAAUCAAUAGCUUUGUUAACUCCACUGAGCCAAAGGAAGUGCUACAGAGAGCAAAAAGGGAAGAAGACUAUUCUGAACACUCACCUUUUUAUCCAUUUCAAAGCCCGAGUCAAACAGACUCAGAAAGCUUUGCAUAUUUUUUUCCUGAGGAUUACUUUGCAGGGAUUCAGCCAAAAAUCCAGGCAAUGUGGCCUACUCCCAGUGGCCUAACCUCAACUAAAGCCUUGGAGAUCUGUCAGCAGGUUCUUGCUAAUUCUACUAUUGGCUUGGUGUGUAAUGACUUACUUGGAACACAGCUGGAUGAGGCAAUUGAUAUGUGCCUUUUAGAUUUACAACUCAAGGAUGACCUGGCAUGGGAAGGUGCAAUGAUAGCAUUUUUGGAAAACGAGUGUGAAAGAAGAGUGCUAGAAAACAGAAGCAAGCUGCUGCAUGCAGAAAAUGGGAUGCCUGCUAUCCAGGAAGAAAUCCUCAGAGCUCUGAGGUGCCCUAGUUUCUGCAAUGGGAAUGGGCAGUGCACUGACUGGGGAUGCCAGUGCUUUGAAGACCACAUUUCCUAUGACUGUAGCAUUGCCAAAAAUCACGCUUUAGAAAUCACAGACUUAGAGAACAGGGGACUCUGCGAUAUACGAAUUUCUGAUUGCAGCAGGAUCCGGGUGUUUGGCCUUGGCUUCAGAGAUUCUCCUCAUCUACACUGUGAGGUCACCAGAUUGACUCAUCUCAAUGGUGAAUGGAUACCAAGAGAACAAGAAAUCACAAGAGCAGAUUUUCUCAGCUCUAAAGCCAUUGACUGCCAGAUUCCUGUACUGAACAGCACAGAAACAGAGAAUAUGCACUUCAUGGCUGAUGAUGAACCAUUUGCAAGAUGGCAAGUGAAAAUUACUAAUGAUGGCUUCCAGUACAGUAAUUCCAAAGUUCUGACCCUGUACGAUGCAGUCUGCCAGGUCUGUGAAUUUCAUCCAACUGGACUUUGUAAAUUAAAGGAAGAUACUUGUAAUAUUGAUGGACUUUGCUAUGGCGAAGGAGAUUCAAGCCCCACAAGCCCGUGCCUUCUUUGUGAACCUGACAUUUCUAAAUUCAUCUGGUCUAUUAAUGAAAACAACCUGCCUCCUGUGUUCCAAGCCCCUUCCAGCCAGCUGCUGACAUUUAUUGGUGAGAAUUUUGUUUACCAGUUAAUAGCAGCAGAUCCUGAGGGGUCAGCUGUGCUAUUCAUCUUAGAGGCUGGGCCACAGGAUGCCACACUCUCUCCUGCUGGCCUCCUCAUCUGGAAAGUCGAUUCGGAAGCAAAGCAGACGGUUGUGUUCGCUGUGUCAGAUGAAUGCAAUGCACAGAACAGAUACUCUGUUGAGGUUUUAGUGAAGCCUUGCAGCUGCAUGCAUGGUGGAACGUGCGUUACCAAUAUUAACUUCCCUCCAGGACUUGGUGAAUACCUCUGUAUAUGUCCAAAUGGAUUUGAUGGGGAACUUUGCCAGGAAAAUAUCCAUGACUGCAAAUCAAACCCAUGUGGAAGUGGCACAUGUGUUGACAGUGUGGACAGCUACACUUGUAAAUGCCCGGCUGGUUUGGAAGGGCUUACUUGUCAGGAAGACAGGAAUGAAUGUGAAGAGAACCUUUGUUUUCCUGGAGUGUCUUGCAUAAACACUUUUGGGUCUUACAUGUGUGGAAUUUGCCCCAGUGGGAUGGAAGGAGAUGGUCAGUCUUGCAGAUCUGAGGCCACUGCUGACAUUACAGAAGCUUUCAUCACUGAGAAUAAUAAAGCUUCAGGUGGACUGAACAAGACAGAGGAGGAAAGACCAACACAACCCAUAGAGACAAAGAAGAUUCCUGCAAUUAAGAACAUUAACGUUAGCGGCAUGCAAGGUCACACAGCACCUCUGCCACCUAUUACUACAUGUACUAAUAGGCCAUGUUUCCCUGGAGUCAUAUGUAUUGAUCGUAAACCUCCUUAUAUUGGGUAUAUUUGUGGCCGGUGCCCAACAGGCUUUUUCGGAAAUGGCAGAAUCUGUACAAAAGCCCAACAACCAGCCCUAGUACAAAGAUCUUCUCAAAAUCACAUGGAUACUGCUGAGAUAGGUAAUGAAGACGCUAAAGACUCCCACCAAGGAAGAGCAGCAAUGAAAUCAUUUUCCCAAGCUCUUCUAGCAAGACACCCUACAGUCUUUGGUAUUCAAUCACUUACUGUAAAAAAGACAGCUUCCCCACCUCAGACUUCAGCAGCAACAAAAUCUGAUCUAGAGUCCACACCAUCUGAGAAAUCAUCAUCCUUGGAUAAAGGGACAAUAGAAAUGAAUGCACACAACUUACUUCUGCACCAAGAGCCCGAUGACAAAGCAGCAAUGGUCAGAAUGACAACCCGGAUCUCUCCUGACUAUAAUCUGUACCUUAGAUCACACACAGCAGGGAGUGUUUCCCCUCACCAUGACACGAGUGCAAGGUCAUUAGUUUCAAGCCCGUCUGCUGUUCAACAGACCCGCACAAAAUCUAACUUUUCUUCGAGAAAUUGGUCUAGUAGGGUUGCAACAACAAAGACCAAGUCACCGCAUGAUUUUCGAACAGAAAAGCCAAGAGCAUCUGCUUUGACCGCCCUGCUGACUUCCUCAUUCCGUUUGAUAGCUUCUUUUUCUGAUACAGCUCCCCGAAGCGCCAGCCUCCCAGUAAGGACUUCUGUUCAAGCAAGAAUUCCAGCACAGACCAUUGCAAUCAGAAAGCCAGAUGCCUUCGCAGCAAACCAUUUGGCACUAUCAAAACCCAUUACUGGUCUACUGCAUCAGGACAAGAAAAUCACUUGUGCCAACAUGCCAUGCUUUGCAGGAGUGCAGUGUGAGCCAGCUAAAGAUGGAGGAUUUAAAUGUGGGCCUUGUCCAUUUGGAUACAGUGGGGAUGGAAUUACAUGUCAAAUGUUGUGUGAUCCACCUUGUGAUCAUGGAGGAACGUGCGUGGCUGAAAAUACCUGUUCUUGUGGUUAUGGAUUUGUUGGUCCAAGAUGUGAAAUAAUGGUGUGUAACAGGCACUGUCACAAUGGUGGAAAGUGUGUGUCACCAGAUGAGUGCAAGUGCAAAAAUGGAUGGAGCAGCCCCUCUUGUGAAACAGCAGUGUGUAUUCCUGUUUGUCUAAAUGGAGGCAGCUGUGUACGUCCAAAUAUGUGUGUUUGUCCUUCUGGUUUCUAUGGUCCCCAAUGCCAAACAGCUCUUUGCAACCCUCCGUGUAAGAAUGGUGGACACUGUGUACGAAACAAUGUGUGUUCCUGUGCUAAAGGUUAUAUGGGAAGAAGAUGUCAAAAAAGUGUCUGCGAUCCCAUGUGCAUGAAUGGAGGGAAAUGUGUAAGUCCAGAUGUCUGUGACUGUCCAUCUGGUUGGAGAGGCAAGAGAUGUCAUAAACCUGCAUGUCUGGAGAAGUGUCUGCAUGGUGGAGAAUGUAUAGGUCCAAACAUCUGUGAGUGCACUGAAGGCUGGACAGGACUGUUAUGCCAGACUCCACUUUGUGAGCAGAAGUGCCUGUUUGGAAGCAGAUGCAUAAGACCAAAUGUUUGUGCCUGUAGAAGUGGCUAUACUGGGGUAACGUGUGGAAAGAAGCUUCCAAUAAGAUGAAGAUAACAUAACAGGAGGACAAUGAAGACAAUCGUUUGGAUGCUGGUAAUCUGGCAGUGUGCACGUCAUUCUUUUGGGGCUGUCUGAAGAUGCAGCAUGAAGAAAAUGCUAAUGCUCUUCCUCCAACCUCAAAUGCUCAUGUUGAGAAAUAAUUGAUUCCAGGGCACACACCAAGAGAUUUAACUACUUUUUUAAAUCAUGGGGUGCAGCAAUGCUCAGAUACCUAUUUUGCAGCUGUCAUGUCACUUCCUGAAGUACUUGCUUUCUAGAAGAGCUAGAUUUCACAAUGACUUAGAUUAUUAUAAAAAGACUCUUUAGUUUUGUGCAAUUUGUUACUGGAGUUUGAAAGGCAUAAAUUGGUUGCCUGAUUUCUUUUUUUAAAUCAGAUUUCUUUGUCCACUUUUCUGAGAAGAAUAAUUGACAGGCUACUUUUACUGAGAAAAUGCUAUAAAUGUGAGAACAGGAGGGAAUGUCCCAGUACUGUUUAGCUGGUUUCUUGAAACAGCUCCAGAUUGUGGUAUCACCUAGUUAAACAUGGGUGACUGGAGAUCUCCUAAGCAAAACAGUGGAUAAAUACAAUAGCUUGGUCAUAGUCAUGAAAAAGUAUCACAAUUUGUUUCAGAUCUUGGAUUUUUUCCUUCUAUUCAAAAUGAAAGGUGCCUCCAGCUGCCCCCUCAGAAGUAGGGCAGGACUUGCCACCUAUGAGUAUGUGUCAGCUGAUCCAUUGUAAUUACUUUGUCCGUCUGCUCCCAUACUGCAAUAAGUGAAACUACAUCUCAAUGAAUUAUCCAUGAAUGAAACAUGUAGUCAAUUACUGUUGUUUCAGUUCGACUUACUACAUGACAGAGCAGACGAACAAAACAGCUGAACCGUGGUAAAUUCUCUCCCUUCCUUUUAAAGCAGUAUAAUUGGUUUGUCUUUCCAUACCAGUAAUGAUAUCUGUUGCAAUGUUGACAUUUAGCUGCACCAGUUUUCACUCUGAGCCCCUAAAUUUUGCUAAUGCCAUAGGAGAAACUCUUUCAGUACAGAGCACGUAAAAAUAAAUAAGGCCUCAAGUGAUACUGCUAUUUUAAUCAUUGAUGACAAAUGUUUAAUGGUAAUCAGAUGAAAGAUGAAGGUGCCUAGCAAAGCUUCCAGAAGCCUACGAAGUUUUGAAAAUCCCACUGGGUGCAUCCAGAUGAGCGUGUAUGUGCAUUUUCAGG